GCGGACAGUCACAAGGGUUGAGUUGCCUUCUUGUUUUCUUGUUGAGUUAAGGAGAACUGGAAGUCGUCGACGAGUCUUUUUGCUUGAUUAUAACCCACUGAAAUACUUUCCUAACGCCUAAACUUUGCACUGGAAAUAAGGAUGAUUUAGACUCAAGGAGCUUUUGGAUUUCAUCGGUAAUCUAAAAUUAUUGAUCGGACGAAGAUAAUUUGCGGGGAAUUUGCUUAUUUGCGGAGGUAAUUUGGGAGUUACUUGACUGAACUGUGAACUCUCCUUUACGUCAUUUGUACAGUAAAUCACGUGAUUACAAAAAAGGAAACUUUGAACCUUGACAAUAGUUAUAGUGUGUGGCGCGGAGCGUACUAUAGUUAUUCAUGGCGGUCAACAUCUGAUCCCAAUGCAGCAGGAGCAAAGCCGUAAAGGGUCCCAGCCCCUCAUAACUUGUGGCCCUGAAGGUUGGGCCCCAUUGAUAGUAAGAGGCAAGUUGAAAAUUUGGAAGACUUGUCGGCAUCAUAUAAAUAAUCUUGGAUGCGUUUUGCCUGAAGACUCGCUCUGUUCUUCACCUUCAAAUGGAUUACAGUCUUUUCCUGGUCCAUUUGUCAUAAUCCAUGUGGUGGUGGCAUUGAGCAAUGACAAGCAAGAGCUGUUUGACUGCCGUCUGGUCGCAGCUGGAAAUCAACAAUUCAAAAUAAAUGGAGGACUUGGUGUGAUUAAAGCAGAAGUGAAACCAGCUGGUUCCAUGUAUUUGGCAGAAACAUUGGCCAUUGACUGUAGAGGGAAUGAGUUGCCCCAUUUUGCAGGGAAUUUUGAAUUUCUCCUCCCAGCUAGUAUUCCUACUGAGUACUACAUUGCCCUAGAAUUCAGAGCAAUAACUGGGGAAUUGCUGGAUGACAUACAACUCCGAAUACUGACCCAUUUUCAACAGACAAGUUUGUUUGAUUUCUGUGAUGGCCAUUCCUUGUCAUCAGUGGAAUUACCCUGCCGUAAAAAGGAACUUGUUGGUAUUUUGGGAACUCCAGAAGCUCAGCAGAUUGUAUCAUAUUUUCAGGAAUUAGUGGAAAAUGGUGCAAGUGAAUGCUUCAGACGAGAUCAACUCCGUCUCUUGCAGACCAAAGAUGUGUUCAGUCAUUCAGAGGCUUUAUUGCAGGAUUUGUGUCUUGCUGUAAAGCUGGAGGAAAGUCUUCUGCUGUAUCAAAUGGGAGAUUAUGAGGGAUGUAAGCAGUUGGGUGAGAGUAUCUGCAUUCAAGCAAACACCAACCGUUCACCAAAUUUUAAUUCCAUUGUUGGUCGGGUGAAAUGCACAAUCUCAAGUGCUUACAAGAUGGAAAGGAAAUUUGCUAAGGCAGAGGAAUUUUUGGACUCUUCUACUGAGCUCCUAGAGGCCGUUGUCCUUGGUGAAGAGACUGCAAUCAAUCGAACCUGUCUUGCUGCUCUGUUGUCUGAGAAGGGGAUUGUUGUGGGAAUCACUGAGCCAGAAAAAAGGAGGCUCGAGAAAGCCAUGGUAGAUGCAAUACUGCACUACAGGCACCAGCUCAACAAAACUCAAAGAGGGAAUGCUAAUUGUCCCAGAAGGGCUCUGAUCAGAAUAAUUUUCUUCUACCUUCACUCUAGCAGAGACCAAGCCACAAACCUGCAGAUAGCUGUGUCCAACGAAGCGUUAGGCAAAGUGGAAUGUUAUGUUCAACAAUUCAACAGAGAGUUUCUCAUAAACUGCCCAAUGAGAGACAAGGCAUUGUUUUGUAAUGCCUAUGGUGACCUACUGACCAGGAAAGGGCAAUAUGAAGAAGCCAUCCUUUCAGUGUCCGAGGCUUUGAGAAUAGCAGAAAAUCUUCAUCUGCAGACAGAUAUAAAGGGAGCACAGGACCGGCUCCAACAACUCGAUCGGCUGCAAGGGGAGACUGGACAGAGGCCUCAUGACCUGGAUGAGAGCAGAAUGGCAAGAUAUCAGGGCUUCAAAGAGCCAGGCUAUGAAGUCCUGGAAGGAUUUCUGAGGCAACUUACUCGGCGGGUGCGAAGAUGUGGACGGUACUUAGAAGCUACUGGGGACACUGCCAUUUCACCAUCUCAAUUCUAGUCAUAAAUCAUCAUGAACUAUCACCCGCCGUUUGUAGUGGCCUCCUGUCUACAUACGAAAACCAGUUAUACUGAUAGGUGUCCUGUGGUGUUUAGGAGGCUCAGCUUGUUAUCAUUAUGUAACAUAUAAUUGGAUUCUUAACACCUUGACUGUUAUUACAGGGCGUAACAGUGCAGUUCUGCAGGGACAUAGCUUAAUAUAUGUUGUUUCUAUUGCUCUCAAGUUUAGGCAUGUAAGUUACUAAAAAUUUAGUAGAGUAUUUCCCUCCACGUUUUAAAAAGUGGAACAAACAAGAGUUCAGGCGUAGUCUGAUAAGCUUAAUUUCUAGGGUCGAGAGUUAGGCCUCAGAUCGAACCGAUACUCGGCUUCUUAAAAUAACUCAGAAGUAUGUGUUGUGUGCAAAUGGUCAGAUGGUCAUUCUAGUCUUCUCGGAUAACGGGAUGAUAGUUUCAGCAGGAAUUUCUUACCCUUCUCUACACGACAAAUGUGUGCUUAUUUUAGUAAGCCUUGUGGGUUGUUACGAGAACGAAGACCUAAAACCCCCUACGAAAACGAAGACGCCCUACGAAAACGAAGACCCCCUACGAAAACAAAGACCCUUGACGAAAACGUAGACCCGUUACGGAAAAAAUAAAAACAAUAAAAACAAUAAAGUAAUACAGAAACAAGACACGUGAAUUCUUUGCUGGUGAAAACCACAGGGAGUAAUGGUGUUUUAGUAAUGUGUCUUCGUGUUCGUGAUGGGUCGUCGUUUUCGUAAUGGGUCUUCGUUUUCGUAGGGGGUCUUAGGUCUUCGUUUUCGGGGUCUUGGUUUUCGUAACUACCUGUUUUCACACCAUUUCUCCCUGUGGUUUUCGCCGGCAAAGAAUUCAGGUGCCUUGUUUCUGUAUUGCUUUAUUGUUUUUAUUGUUUUCGUAAUGGGUCUUUGUUUUCGUAAUGGGUCUUUGUUUUCGUAAUGGUCUUCGUUUUCGUAGGGUGUUUCCCUUUUUUGUGUCACUCACGUUCACUAAGCCACAUGAAUAUUCCAUUUUAUUUUGGCCAAUCAUAGCAUUUAUAGUCGAGGUUUUAGUUUGUACAUCUACAGUGGAAAUAAAUUCCAGGGUUCAGUUGGA